AGGGAGAUUGACUAAUGAACACACACCACAACCGACCAAUGAAGAAACCCAACUCAAACCUCUUUAUGUCUUCUUUUCGAGUUUUCUAUUAUUUUUCAAACUACAAAUGAAACCUUUGCAGAUUCUUUCGAUCUUUCUGCAAAGAAAAUUUACCUUCAAAAAGUGCUCAAACCCUUCCAGGCUUCACAGACUCAUCCUGGAAUUUUUCCUGGUACAGAAUUUUUUCCUGUCUACUUCUUCAGAAAUUAUUUCUAUUGGUGAAUCGCCAGUGCGAAUUGAUUAUGAGUCCCGGAAAAUGCACCUGAGGGCCUAAAAGUAACCGGUGUGAAAAGGGGUGUCCUUGAUUUUAUAAAACUUGAAGUUUUUUAAUUACUUCUCGUUUUUUUGGUUGGGUGGAUUGAUUCCAUGGAUUUCAAUUAUGGAAUUGAGGAUGUUGGGGUAGCAGCUUUGCAGGAAUUGUGGAACAGGGUGGCAAUUCAAGCAGUGGACCUUGCUAGUGAUACAAGAAAUGUGGUGCUCAGAAAGGCAAGUUUUCAGGAAUUUUCCAGGAGUGUUAAUGAGUUGAAUACCCUUUUUCAUGCCUUGGAUGCCAGGAAAAUUGAAGCUGCAAUGGGUUUAGAAUCUACAAAAUCUGUACUGGAGACCUUGAAUGAUCAGCUGAGGAAAGCCUGUAAGAUUAUCAAGAAUUGCAAAUCCGGAAGCCGGUUGCGUCUCUUGCUUUACUCAAACUCUGUGCUGUCAGAAAUGCAAGAUUUGUCCACAGAGAUUGCCACCACCAUUUCGUCCUUUCAGCUUGUGAAUCUUAAUAUGACGCUGAACUUAAAGACGAUGAUGGAUCAGAUUGUUGACAAUCUAAGGUCAUUGGAGUUCCAUUCAGCAGCUGCAACUGAAAGAAUUGCUAUGGAGAUAGAGAAUUCGAUAUCACAGAAUGAAAGAGAUAGAGCGAGUGCUGUGAGUCUUCUGGAGAAGAUUGCAGAAGCUGUUGGUGCUAGCACAGAUGCGUCACUAGUAGAAAAUGAGUUGGCAAUUUUGAAGAAAGAAAAGGAAGAGAUGGAAGCUCAAAAGAAGCAGGCAGAAGCACUUCAAUUGGAUCAACUGAUACAGUUUUUGUAUAUUUCAGAACUUGUGACAAUGCCACGAAGUGAGGAAGUUCAGAAAUAUCACCAGCAAUUCCCAAUUGAAUCGGUAAUAUGCCCCUUGUGCAAUGAGGUGAUGAAAGACCCUGUCGCAAUUGUGUGCGGUCACAGCUUCGAGAGGAAGGCGAUUCAGGAACACUUUAAGAGAGGUGAAAAGAAGUGCCCCACUUGCAGAGAGGAGCUGCCAUCUCUUGAUCUUAUGCCAAAUUUCAAUCUUCGGAACUCGAUUGAAGAAUGGAAGCAAAGGGAGAAGGACUUGAAAUUCCAAGCUGCAGUUGUUGGAAUCAAUUCCAAUGAUCAUUCCAGGCAAAACAAGGCCUUGGAGGACAUGCAAAGUCUUAUGGAAAUGCCUCGUUAUGCAGCCAUGACUGCUGAAGAUUUCGUUCCAAAGUUGGUGCAAUUUUUAAAAGAUAACAGGAUUAACGCCAAGGCCACACUGAAAUGCCUCUACGGUCUAGCUAAAUUCAGUGAUGAUCAUAAGGAAGCCAUUGUUCAAGCAGGGGCGAUUCGCCACACUGUGAAGCAGAUCUAUAAAGGUGAAACAGAAUCUGAUGCUCUUGCAGUCUUGCUGGAGCUAUCAAAGAGACAAUCCCUUCGAGAGAAAAUAGGCAAAACAAAAGACUGCAUUCCUAUUUUGGUUUCUUUUCUCCAUAACGAGGAUCCAAAUGUCUCAGAGAAUGCUCACAGUGUGUUGCAGAAUCUUUCCUCUAACACACACUUUGUUGUCAAGAUGGCUGAAGCUGGUUACUAUCAACCAUUUGUUGCUUGCUUCAAUCAAGGAUCCCAAGAAACCAGAUCAUUGAUGGCAGCAGCGUUGACAAGUAUGCAACUCAAGGAAAAUAGCAUUGCAGUUUUGAAAGAGAGGCAAUUUAUACACAAUAUAAUCCAGCUACUCUCUUCAAACUCACCUGCUAGCAAAUCAGCUUGCCUCAAAUGUAUCAAAAAGUUCAUAGCCUAUCCCAGAAUGUUGAAGAAAUUUCUAUCAGAUCCUGUAACCAUACCACAUUUACUUGGCCUCAUCUCAUUUGUCAGUUCUGAUCUGCAUUUGAAACAGCAAGCUGCUGAGAUUCUUGCUUUGAUGGUCGGAGCCUGUCAGCACAGUCAGUUCCAGUUGUUUCAAGGCUUGCAGGAACUCCAAUCCGAGCAUAAUGUCAGUCUCUUUCUGCAGCUCGUAGCUUGUUCCGAAUCUCAAGUUAAGAUCCAGUUUCUGCACUUACUGGUGGAGCUCAGUUAUAAAUCGGAGAAAGCUCGCGACCUGAUCCAAUCCAACGACGAUGCAAUCAGUCACCUCUUCUCUUCCCUGGAUGGUGACCGACCAGCAGUUAGAAGAUGGGCAUUGAAGCUAUUACAUAGUAUUUCUGAAGGCCAUCCUAAUGGGGUUCCACUCCCAUCUUCCCCUGGCAAAGAAACUGCCAUUAAUACUCUAGCAGCUAUUCUCACAAGCUCUCUGGACAUUGAAGAAAGGUCCACUGCUGCCGGAAUCAUCAGCAGGCUUCCAAAAGAUGACAUUGUUGUUGAUGAAGUACUUCGUAAAUCAGACGUAUUGAAAGCUAUUUAUGAGGUGAUUUGUAGCAUGGAUGGGGAACUUGGGAUCAGGAUGCCUAAAAGCCAAGAUGAAUGUCUACUUGAGAAUGCACUGGCAGCACUUUUACACUUCACAGAGCCUUCCAAGCCUGAACUUCAGAGGCUAGUGGGAAAACUUCAAUUGUAUCCAUCACUAAUUCGAGUCCUCUCCUCAGGGAGCUCGAUGGCCAAGCAGCGAGCAGCGACUGCUCUUGCGCAAUUAUCUCAAUCCACCAGUCUGUCAGUCUCCAAUGCAGCCAGCAUUUCAACUGAAACAAGGACCUCAAUGCCAAUGUUUCUUCUGAGUAAACUCUUACCUGAUAUGUCUUUGUGCUGCUCUGACUCAUCCGAACACAGGAGUUUAUGUUCUGUUCAUGGCGCUGCUUGUUCACCAAGAGAAACAUUUUGCCUUGUAAAGGUGGAUGCAGUGAAGCCAUUGUUGAAAACCUUGAGUGAUAUAGAGUCUGGUGUCGCGGAGGCUGCUCUUAUGGCACUGGAAACAUUGCUAAUAGACCACAGCACAUUGUCUCCUGCAACGGCUGUCAUUGUUGACAGCCAAGGCGUGACAGCCAUUCUGCAAGUCCUGGAAAAGGGAUCCUUAUCUGCCAAAACAAAAGCCUUGGAUCUCUUCCAGAAGAUACUGAAAAAUACACAGCUUGAAUCCACUGAUCCCUUGUUUAUGAAAUCCGAAAGGAUCCUCGUCCAGCUUCUCGACAAUGAUUCACUCAAAAAGAAAGUUGGUCUAGUGCUUCGGCAAAUGAACAUCAUCCCAGAUCAAUCUUCCUAUUUCUGAAUUGGCAACAAGAAGCACACAACUUUGCUCAUUAUCAGAUAAUCACUUAUUCACAAAUUUCGUGUAGGACUAACGUCUUUCAUCUGACAAUGACGCAUUCUUCCUGCUUACAAUUCAGAGGCUGCAAAUCAAGGGAAGUAGAUAUCUAAGUUCAGUAACCUACUGGUAUGUGUAAAUAUUUCUGAGAAUUCUUAAAUAUUGCGGGGCAGUUCAUUGGUUCAAACAUGUACAAUAGAAUUAAUUUACAUUAUUGGAACUUCAGCCUUGUUCUGAAGCCGCUGCUGCAACUAGAAUCAGAAGGGCAGAAGAAGAAAUCAUCAAAUUCUUUAAAUCCAUGGCCAACUUCAAAGAUAUUUAAUGUAGUGGCUAGUAAGUUGGGAUGGGAAUGAUAUUAGCUUUCUUUUUUUAUUCUUUUGGGUUAUAAGUCACUUCAUUUUGUACAAAAUUAACACUUUUUUAUCGUGGAAGGUAAUCAAAAUUUUCAUUCAAAUCUGAAUCUGUGUUAGCUAGUCUUGUUUCUUGCGGAUGUUUGUUUCUUGUUCGUCAAUGAAGACGAGUUAGUACUACUUCUGAUA